AUGAAGCUGACCCCUGGCGUGGCGCUGCGGGCUGCCCGCGCCUGCGACCAGGGCUUCCCCGAGCGACAGCACGCCCACCGUCACUGUGGAGAUCGCCCGGCGUCAAUGACAGCGCCCGCCGGAUUGGCCAGCUGCUCUGCACGCAGGUCAGCGGGGGGGCGGGGCCCGGGGCAACCUGUGACACGCGUGUGGGCCUGGGACGCAGACGAACAGGCCAUGCCCCUCCACUACUCGCUGCUGUCGGGCGACGAGCGUGGCCUGUUUAAGCCCACCCCUGAGCGGGCUGUGGACGCGGGUGUCCGCCUCCAUACCACGGGCGACACGCGCUUGGACCGGGAGCAGCUCGAGACGGCUGUCCUUCACGGCCGGCGCAGAGAGGAUGAGGUAUGGCCGCCGCGGACUACUGCAGCGCGGCGCCUGACAAUCCUGGACGAGAACGACAACGCGCCGCAGUUCGAGCCAACAGAGUGCCGCGUCAGUGUGAGAGCACACUCCUGCAGCCUCUCUGCUCCACUCAGGUUCAGGCGUGGGACGCUGACCAAGGCUCUUAACGCGACAGCUACCUACAGCCUGUGCAAGCCCGAGGCUAGCCAAUCACAGCUCUGCUGGAUGUGGGAUCGGACAGCGCCCUCCGAGAGCGCCAAGCUGACCAGCCGCUGGACGCAGGAAUCUCUGCCUGCCUCAGCGUCUCGCCCCUCCCUGCCACAGCUGCCGUCGCCGUGGGACGGCGCGGAGGUGGGAGGGGUCAGGGUUCUGGGCGUGAAUGACCCGCGCCCGCCUUCCAGUCGGCAGCCUAUGAGACCAGCAUCCCGGAGACCGCCCUGGGACCCCGGUCAUGCAGGCUCGUUACCAUGGCAGCGUGGCGGAGAGCGACCCCCAGGGGGAAGUCGUCCAGUGGUGAUAAACACACGGGACGAGGACAGUUCCCCUAGCAACCGCCAGGUCACCUACCACAUCACUGGGGGAGACCGUGCGGGUGUGUUUGGUCUGGGGCUGGUGCAGGGUGAGUGGACGCUCUACGUGCGGAACUCUCUGGACAGGGAACAGCAGGACCAUUACAUCAUCAACGUCACGGCAACCGACGGACUCCACGCCUCCAUCGUGAGUGUGGACGUCACGGUUACGGAUGCCAACGACAACAGCCCUGUGUGUGAGCAGGCGCUGUACAGCCUGUCGGUGUUAGAGGACGUGAAGGUGGGGUCGGUGUUGCUGCGUGUCAGAGCGACGGACGCUGACCUGGACUCCUACGCUCAGAUCCGAUACACACUCACAGGAGAUGGAGCACACAACUUCAGCCUGCACCCACACACAGGUGAGCUAAAGACUGCGGUGGAGUUGGACCGUGAGACCACGUCCCAGUACACGUUGGUUGCUGUGGCGACUGAUGGGGGUGGGCUCUCCUGCAGUGCUCAGGUGUCAAUCACACUACUGGAUGUCAAUGACAACGCCCCUCAGUUGGGCCAAUCAGAGCUCGCCGCCAGCGUCUACGAGAACACGCCCACCAAAGCCCUCAUCACACGCAUCCAGGCCAUGGACCCAGACCUGGGUGCGGGUGGUCGCGUCCUGUUCUCCCUGCUGGACUCUGAGGGUGUGUUUGCGCUGGACGCUGAGUCGGGUGUGUUGUCCCUGGAGCGGCCGCUGGACCGGGAGCAGCGGUCUGCGUGGCGAGUGUGUGUGUUGGCGAGUGACCAGGGAGUUCCACCGCUGUCCGCUCGCGCCAACCUGACCGUCAGCGUGCUGGACGUCAACGACAACCCGCCCGUCUUCGAGCGCCGCGACUACCUGACCGCGCUGCCCGAGGACGUUGCCGUGGGAACGGAGGUGGUGCGCGUGUACGCGGCCAGCAAAGACAUCGGAACCAACGCAGACAUCUACUACAGCAUUCGCCAUGGCAACCAGCUCGGACACUUCAGCAUACACAUCAACACAGGGGCUAUCUCGGUGUGGCGGCCGCUGGACUUUGAGACGUGUUCUGGUUACUUCCUGACUGUGGAGGCGAGAGAUGGCGGGACUCCUCCCCUUAGUGCUGUUACCAUGGUGAACAUCAACGUGUCGGACGUGAACGACAACGCGCCCGUCUUCAGCAGAGACGCCUACAGCGCCACCAUCAGUGAGGAUGCUGCCAUUGGAGACAGCGUCGUCAAGGUGACGGCGGAGGACAUGGACAGUCCACUGAAUGGGGCGGUGCUGUACUCUAUCGCCGGGGGCGACCGUGAAAAGCAGUUCUUCAUCGAGCCAAUAACAGGCUUGAUCCGCGUCAACAAACCACUGGACCGCGAGACGGUGAUGACGUACUCAACUCAUGAUUCCGAGCAACUCUCUCAGGCUGCCUGGUGA